AUGGCCACCAGGGAUCUGGUGAUAGGAAUAAUCUUUUUCAUACAGACUAUAUUUGGAAUUCUGGGGAAUUUCUGUCUUCUUUACCAUUAUCUAUUCUUUUACUUGACAGGAUCCAGGUUGAGGUCCACAGAUUUGAUUCUCAAACACUUGACUGUAGCCAACCUCUCAGUCAUUCUCUCUAAAGGAGUCUUCCAAACAAUGUUAGCUUUGGGGUUAAAAGAUUUCCUCAAUGACAUUGGGUGUAAACUUGUCUUCUAUGUUCACAGAACGAGCAGGAAUGUGUCCAUUGGCAUCACCUGCCUCUUGAGUGUUUUCCAGGCCAUCACCAUCAGCCCCUUGAACUCCAUGUGGGCAGAGCUUAAAGCAGAAGCUCCCAAGUACAUGGGCGCCUCUAACAUUUUCUGCUGGGUUCUGAAUGUGAUGCUAAAUAUUCUGGUUCUUUUUUAUAUGACUGAGAAAGAGAGCAACAUAAAUAUCACAAGGAAAAGAGAUUAUGGCUACUGUUCUUCCAUAACUCAUGGUGACAAUACGGAGUCACUGUAUGUAGUAUUGUUUUUAUUCUAUGAUGGUUUCUGCUUGGGGUUCAUGAUCUGCUCCAGUGGCUCCAUGGUUUUUAUCCUGUACAGGCACAACCAGCGAGUCCAACACAUGCGUAAGAAGAAUCUUUCCCCGAGAUCCUCCCCUGAGAUCAGAGCCACCCAAAGCAUUCUUGUCCUGGUGUGCACCUUUGUAUGUUCAUGGACUCUCUCCUCGGUCUUCCACAUUUGUUUGGUAGUAUUUAACAAUCCCAGUUUGUGGCUAGUGAACACUUCUACACUAUUAGCUGCAUGUUUUCCAUCUGUAAGCCCCUACAUUCUCAUGAGGCAUGACUCCAGAAUAUCAGGGCUCUGA